AUGGGGGCAGGUCACCCUCCCUUCCACUCACUGCCCUUCCUCUUGGGCUGCCGGUGGGGCCGGUCCUCCGCCCACAUGCACACUGCGUUCCACAGGUGGUGGGUUGAGGACAGCUGCCUGGGGCUGGUGAAGAUGUGCAUCUGGGCCCUGUGGUGCCAGCUGGGCCUGCCAGACACCCAACACUGCCAGGUGAGGCUGCUGACCCCGCAGCUCUUCCUCAGCAAGCUGGCCCUGUUUGUCCUGCAGAAGUGCUGCCAGCAGAGCAUCUGCUCUGACCAGUGGCAGGUCUGCUUCAGGGUGUCUGCUUCUUUCCGGAGCUGCAGCAUCACACAGGCCAGGCCAGCCCAGAGCAGCGGCCCCAUGGUCGAUUGCAUCUGGAGCUCCAUCCCCCGCUCUGUGCUGGAACCCCUCUCUGAGAGCAGCCACUGCUUUAGCAAGGACGUGAGCUUCGUCACCAUCCCCUUCGCCUUGGGGUGUGUGGGCAGGGACAGGUGUGUCAGCCCUGGAGCAAGUUCUCCCAGAGAAGCCACCUGGGGGCUGCUGAUCAUGCACAGGGACUCCAGUCUCAGGGCCUUACCCAGCAGCCUGGGAGCCUUGGUCAGCAUCAGGGCCCCCCUCCAUGGCAAAGGCCACCUGCUCAGCAGCAUCAAGUCCUUCCAGGUCAGAGGCUUCGUCUUCAAGUGCUGCGGCUUCCUUUCCCACCAGGACAGCACCCGGGUGUGACCUAG